GUACGUCUCUCUUUGUUCUGCUUCUUCUUCCUGUGUCUGCAGGGUGCAGAAAGCUGCUAUUCACCAGACGCAUUCUCUAAUUACAAAGCAGCUGGAGAAAAUUUCUCGUUUCUGUGCAUUCAUCGUUCCCCUAAAACCUGGAAGAUCUUCUGCAAGGAUGACUGUGAGGGAGAAAAUGUUCUCAUUAAAACCAGGAGGAACAAAGCUCAAAGUGGACGAUUCAGCACAGACUAUAAGGGAGAGCUUCGGUUUCUAGAAGUGGCCAUCACACACCUGACCAGGUCUGACUCUGGACAGUACCGCUGUGGUACUGGCAUCACUUUGUCUUCAGCUUCAUUCACAGAGUUUGGGCUCAGGGUCACAGACGCCAUGCUGGAUGAAACCAGCAACCCUGAGCAAAAACUCCUCUCUGCAGAACCCGGCAGCUCGAUCACAGUCGCUUGUUCUUUUCCUCCCUCUGGUGGCACUAAAUACUUCUGCAGGGGACCCUGUGACGAAAUCACUCUUGUUCAGACAGAUGGUAAAACAGCCCAAAGUGGCAGAUACAGCAUUGAAUAUGAAAAAAGAUAUUUCAAGGAAGUUCUGCUGGUGACCAUCACCGAGCUGACCCAAUCUGACUCUGGACAAUACAGAUGUUAUCAGGACACAACAAAAAACUCAUACAUAGACUUCAACAUCACCGUUACACAAGCUGUUCAGCCGUUGACGUUCACACCAGCAACCAUUCAGACCUCUGCUGCCUCUUACCAGACUGCACAAUUACAGAGUGGAAUAACAAAUCCUCCGGUUUCAUUCAGCCACUAUGUUCCUCUGAUUGUUGGUGUGAGUCUGGCCGGAACAGCUGUCCUGUUAUCAGCAUCGCUGGUGGCUUCCUGCAGGAGAACUCGGAGAGGCUUGAACACCAGAGGAGGCCUGAAUGAUUCAGUCAAUGAGAUUAUCAUCUGUGAGAACUGUUUUCCUGAGGACCCGACCUACCAAAGCCUGAAUCCUGCCAGUAAGGACCAGAACCAGAUCUACUCAGAACUCACACUGGACAAAUGAGCGAGAGAGAGAGAGAGAGAGAGAGAGAGAGAGAGAGAGAGAGAGAGAGAGAGAGAGAGAGAGAGAGAGAGAGAGAGAGAGAGAGAGAUUAAGAAAACAAAAUACAAAUACUUUUGUUUUGUAUUAAACUAUUGCAGCUAGUUUUUAGAUCUGUCUCGUGCCGCCUUUUAUGAGAACGUUUACGUGUUUGUGUGUGCGGCUGGUCCUUUAGGUUAUCUAGUCAGGAUUAUUUGAAACCAAGGUCAGAUUUCUUGGUUUUACCCACAAACUUGGUAAAUCAAUAUUAUUCUGAUUGUUUCUUUGGAUUUUCCAAGGACUAAGUGUAAAGCUUAGUCCUUGGAAAACCCCUAUGGACCUCUGUGCCAUCACCGAGCCGAGCCUUUGUAGAACCAAAUUGAAGACGCAUUUGCUGAGAAAGGCAAUUAAUUAUUCCUCAGUCCACUCCAUUUUAACUGAAUUAUUUGGUUUUCUGUGAUCUUUUUCAGUGUUUUUAUGUUUUUUUUUUUUUGUUUGCUUUGGUAUCUUUGUUCGCAUUUUUUAAUAACUGCACACUUACUUUCCUUAUUAAAAAUUUUCAGCGCUUUCUGAAAUUCUCUUAACCAGAACACUCGGUUAACAGCACUGAAUUUAGGUGAACUGCUUUUGUAACAUUUAGCCUCAUGUAUACUCCUCAAAACUGUCUUGACCAGAACCUUGACUUAUCAGAGGUAGCCUACAUACACUGUUGUUUUAUCUCUUUGUUGUCAGAUUGUUUUCAUAUAUUUGUAUUUUAUUGAUUUGUGUUUUUAUAAAACAAAUAAAAAAAGAUUGUGUCAUUUUU